AUGGAAGCCCCGCCCUCAGGUGAUGGCCCAGGGCGGCGAUGGCAGGGUGAAGGCGAGGUCGUGAGCCGGCCAGCCCCCCCACCCCCGCCAGCCGGCUCCCCCUCCCAUCCUAAGGGCCCUCAUCCUCGAGGGCGCGACUUGUCUGCGGAAUCUGCCGCGGCCUCCCGCCUGCUGCAGAGCCGACUCCCCUUUCCCUCGGACGCGCCCCCCGACGCCGCCACCAUUGAGUCCCCGUCGCAGGAAACGGCGGGGUUGGGUCCCCUCGCCGAGCCCAAGAAGAAGACCAAAUGGCAGGACACCCUCCGCUUCUACCUCACGGCGAUCUUCACCCUCAUCGCCUGCAUCAGCUCCUUCGCCUUCCUGUUCCUCGUGCCCUUCGUGAUCGACCCUGCCUUCUCCACCAUCUUCGCCGACUUCGACCCUGAGCCCGUGGUGUGCGUGACCAAGGAGUCGGAGUUCUUCUUCGGGCUCAGCAACUGCUCGUGGUCGUCGUGCCGCGAGGGCUGCACCAGGGACAUCUUCCAGUGCUCCCACAUCUUCGUCAACUACAAGAAGGACACGAAGGGCGAGUUCAAGAAUGUCAACUUCACCGACGUCGACCUCCUGGACGACAUCAAGUGGGACAUGGAGGACGCGCGCCUCUUCCCCAACGUGAAGGGCUGCGGCUACCCUCCCAGCGUCAACUGCACCACCUUCAACAUGAGCUACAGCACCCCGGGCAGGACGUACCCGUGCUACUACUCGAAGGAGCAGCCCACCACGGUCCUCACGUCCCUGGACAUCGAGGGCAUCACCACCGACCUCAUCUACGCCAUCGUGAUCCCGUGGGGCGCCUUCCUCGUGUCCAUCCUGUACCUCCUCAUCACCUACGUGGGCAUGAAGAAGCCGGACUCGGACGGCGACGCCCCUCAGGAGGUCACGUCGGCCAAGGCGUCCAAGGAGGCGUCCAACUACUCCCUCAGGUCCAUCGGGAAGACCAUCAACCACGGCAUGAACAAACUCAUGGGCGAGCCGGACGACAAAGGCGGGCAUGGAGGUAGCGGACGAGGCGGCGGCGGCGGCGGAGGCCUGAAGCAGCGCACCCUCACCUCGCCCUCCAUGCUGGGGUCCAACUUACUACUCGUGCCCGCGUCGCUGCCCCAAGUCCACCCGACGCGGCGCUCGACCCUCCCGCCGCUGGAGAGGACACCGCCGCUUCCCCGGCCCGCAAGUCAUCAUCGAGAACCUGGCGAGACUUCAUUCCAAGAGGUAGAGUGCGCAGAGAGACCGUGAGACAGAGAGAGAGAGGACGAGACGUUCCUGUGGAGGACGAGACCACAGCAAGGGAGAGAGAAAGAGAGAGAGAGGAAGAUAGAGGAAGAGAGAAGGAGAGACAACUCCGGAGGAUUCGGCGACCUGAGGACUUCAAGACGUGAAGCUGCUGUUUAGUUUAUGAUUGGAUAGAUUUACUCGGAAUGUGUUUUGUGAAUACUUUGUUGCGAGUGUGAAUAUUAAUGAGAAAAUUAUUUUUUGUUGUUGUUGUUGUUUAUUAUUGUAUGUGUUCUUUUUAUUUCCUUUUUCUUUUUACCUUUCUUUUCCUUUACUCUUUUCUCUCUCUCAGAUCUCUUCGUCCAUUCGCAUUCUGUAUAUAUUCUUUCCAUGUACAUUCUUCAUAAACGUUUUUUUUCCUUAUUUUUUUCCUUUUGUCAUCUGGAAUUCCAAAAUGACAAAAGCUAAUCAGUAUUGACGGAAACUUCCUCGCGUUCGUCUUCGAACUUCCUGCAUUUUUUAAGUGAAUUUCAAACACAGUCCAUAAACGUCGGGGUUAAUAUGCAUCACGUGCAAUAACCUACGACAAAGAAUAUUUAUCCCUUAGCUAUAAAAGCAACACGAAAUUCAGGACGUUUUCAAAGCGGCGACUUCCCUCUCCGACCGGUAAAGGUUUUGGGCGACGGCGAGACCCCCUAUAGGCCAAUGGCACUCUAGCCUGGCUUGAAACUCUGCCAGUGUUCGGUAAUUUUCUAAAUAAAGUAGAGGAUUUCUCAUCACAUCACACUUAGAUUAUUCAUGUUAGUCAUCGAUGUCUCAUACGAAAGAUUUUUGACCAAAGGAAAAAAUUGAAGAAACGAAGAAUAAGAAAGAAAAGAAAGGAAAAAAAAAGACUCGUUUGCUCAUCCAUUUUGAUAUAACCUAUAAAGUGCUGAACAUACUUGUCCGCGUGAGACUGUGGUAGGGAUCAUGUAUGUAAAAAAAAGAAACGAGGUGAAUUAUCUUGUAUUUAUAAAUCGUACGCAAAUUAUCAGUUAAGCGAAAUAUAAACAAUUUGAUGUUGAUUGAGAGGAAGAAAAUUCGUUAAAAAAAAAGAAGAGAAUUAUCAUCAUUAUCCCUUCCCAGGCCACGAAGGCGUAUGUCAGAAAAAUGUCAGACAUUAUAUUUUCAUGUGUAUAGCGACUUGCCCCCCCCCCCCUCUUUUUUCUGGUGCUAAAUGGCGCAAGCGGACUAGAAGUUCCAAUAGAAGUUUCUUUAGGAAUAAGACGAUAUAGAAAAAAAACUAAGGUUCGCACAAGAAAUAAUCGCGCAGUGAUCGAAGGAGAACAUUCUGUGAUGUCAUUGAUAACCAAUUCUUCACUCCGGAACUGUGGGAUUACUGAAUUAGUAUUAGCGUUGCACAAAUCUUACGAGAUCCUAUUUAGAAAUAGACAAAAACAUGUGUUUCCUUGACACUCAUGAGUUAUCUAGUUUUAUGGUUCACGGUCUCCCCCCCGCAGCAACGACUUAAACACUUAAUAUGUCUUUUGUUUCGAGUUUUUUUUUGGGAUACAGCUGUAACUUCAGGAUUUGCUAGAUCGUUACAAAUCAGAUGAAAAAAAAGGCAGUUCAAGCUACUGAUGAAAUACUUCAGGCUAUCAGAUACAGAUGUUACUAAAAAAAAAAAAAAGACGUCACCAUUAAUCUUUUGUGAUUUGACACGUGUUUUUGAAGUGACGUUGAGGAACCAUCGAGGUAGUUCAGAUAGGCUGAUAACGACCAAGAUCAAUAAUACGAGCAAAUCCCUCUUGAUAUUUCGUUUUCGUUAGACCCAACCCCUAAAGCGGUCUUUUAUUGACUGACAUCACUCGCAGCACAAGUGUUAAAUAAAAGUCGCAGUUUACAGUGGUUAGUAGCAACCUAUUUUUGUGUACAAUUGCUAACACAGCAAAGGAAGAUGUUAUGUUUAUGAAUACUUUUCAGUAUGGAAAUAUGCAUAGGUGUGCAUAUAUGUGUGUAAUGUAUGUACGUAUAUACCUAUACCCUAUGUGUAUAUAUACACAAGCAUAUGCAUGUAUAUGUUCAGCAGUGGUUAAUUUACAGGCUGUGACCUGAAUGUUGUACAAUGUUACUUAAUGCUAAGUUUUCACAUUAUGU